UCAGGGUGUGACUGUGGUGAGCGUGAGUGUUUGGAAACAUCCUCGCUUUUGGGGUAGCACGGGGCAACGGGAUGGGGGCUCUCUCAGCCUUACCCCCAACCCCACGAUGGGGGAAACAGGAAAUACCCUCCUUCCCGGUGCACCUAAAGUUGUGGUUUGGAGAGAUGGAGGGCAGGGCUGGAGUGUUGUGGAGAAAGCAGUUGUUUUUAACUUUGCAUUUUCAUUUUCAUUUUCUGCACUCAGAGAGGCUGCCCUUGGUCGCUGCUGGCCGGUGCGCUGGGCAGGGCCUUCUGUCGCCGUCAUCUUCCAGGAGCAGCCUGUGUCCAGGAGGCAGAAGAUGCCUCACUCCAGCCUACAUCCGUCUAUUCCGCGGCCCAGGGGUUACAGGGCCCAGAAAACAGCCCUUGUCCUGCUGACUGCCUGCCUGGCAGUCCUUCAGAUGCUAAGUCCAUCAGAACACAUUCUCCGGUGCCUGGUGCUCCACCUGGCCUCCCUGCAGCUGGGACUGCUCUUGAAGGCGUUCUGCAUGCUGGCCGAGGAGCUGUGCCACGUCCACUCCAGGUACCAAGGCAGCUACUGGAAGGCCGUGCGGGCCUGCCUGGGCUGCCCCAUCCGUUGCGGGGCCCUGCUGCUGCUGUCCUGUUAUUUCUACUCCUCCCUCCCGAAUGAGGCUGGCCUGCCGGUCACUUGGAUGCUUGCCCUCCUGGGCCUCUCAGAGGCCGUGAACAUCCUCCUGGGCCUCCAGAGGCUGGCUCCAGCUGAGGUCUCUGCAAUCUGUGAAGAAAGGAAACUCAACGUGGCCCAUGGGCUGGCAUGGUCGUACUACAUCGGGUACCUGCGGCUUAUCCUGCCAGGGCUCCAGGCCCGGAUCAGAACUUACAAUCAGCUCCACAACAACAUGCUACGAGGCACAGGGAGCCGGCGGCUGUACAUCCUCUUCCCACUGAAUUGUGGGGUGCCUGAUGACCUGAGUGUGGCCGACCCCAACAUUCGCUUCCUUCAUAUGCUGCCCCCGCAUAGCACUGACCGUGCCGGCAUCAAGGGUCGGAUUUACACCAACAGCGUCUAUGAGCUUCUGGAGAACGGGCGGCCGGCAGGCACCUGUGUCUUGGAGUAUGCCACCCCCUUGCAGACCUUGUUCGCCAUGUCACAGUAUGGUCAAGCUGGCUUUAGCCGGGAAGAUCGGCUUGAGCAGGCCAAACUCUUCUGUCGGACACUUGAGGACAUCCUGGCAGAUGUCCCGGAGUCUCAGAACAAUUGCCGCCUCAUUGUCUACCAGGAGGGAAGCGGCUUCUCGCUGUCGCAGGAGAUUCUCCAGCACUUGCGGCAGGAGGAAAAGGAGGAGAUUGCUGUGGGCAGCUCGGGGACCUCAGUGGUGCCAACCUCCACGCUGUCCCAAGAUCCUGAGCUCCUCAUCAGUGGUAUGGAACAGCCUCUCCCUCUCCGCACGGAUAUCUUCUGAGGCCCGGGUCACCUUGCCUGAGCCUCCAGUCACCUCCAAGACUCUGGACUGGGGGCUUUCUCCAGCAGCUGGACACCCGGCAGAGCCCUCUCCUCCCACUGGGGCCUUGCAGAGAAGGCCUGGACUUGGCAUCUCAAGACGAGCCCUAUAUCCUCGGGCAAGUCGUUUCACCUCUCUGAGCCUCAGUGUCCUGGGUCUGCGAGCCAGGAUUAUAAUCAGUGCCCUACCUCCCUCGCAGGGCUGCCGUGAGGACUGUGAGUGCAUGGAAGUUUUUCAUACUCUAAGCAUCUGGUAACUUAGGGAUGUGCCAGGUGUCUUCCACUGAGCCCUCCAGACCUACUCCCCACCCUUCUCCACCCUCCCUGCCCUGGGACGCCGACCCAUCUGGAUGGCAUCAACAGGCUCCCUUGCCCUCCGGCCUCUGUUCACGUCCGGUGAAUGGAGAGCCCCCACAGGAGAACGGGGGAAGGAGGAGGUGAGGUGGGGCAGUCAUUCCCCGGGUCGCCUCCCUGCAGUAUCAAGGAUGCUGUGGGCUCUCCUGCCCAGCAACCCUCUCAGCAACCCUGUCUGUCUCCAGGUUUCUGGAAUUGCAUCCUCCCCGUGCCCUUUCAAGCCUAGUGCUGUAUUGAUUCCCCAGUGGGCUACUCACUGUCACUUGUGGUUUCCUUAUCCCUGGCCCUUGUUCAA